UCUACUAGCAAGCGGAGAAAGAUAAAUACAUAGAGAUACGUCUUCUACAUACGAGCAUGUACUGUGUUAAACAAAAUAUCAGGCGUGGACUAACAGUAACGGGGAUUAAAAACAGUAUUCAAUUCGUAUUACUACUCAAAGUACGACGUUCACAUAUCAGACAUCAAAUGAAUAUACUUAGGUAUUUAAAAAAAAUUAUAUAAAUUAAAUUCAAAAACUAAUUUCGAAUUAAAGUAAAGUUAGAAGGAAAAAAAAUGUUUCUUUUAAAGCUACAUCUGCUUUCCAUAAUCCUAAUUUGUUAUCCCGCGUUCUUCAAUAUACGAAUAAAUUGUGCAAAUAUUGAUGGAAAUAAAUUUGUUGAUAUUUCUGGUCUUGAAACUAUAGUCACCGAAAAUAGCAUGCAAAGAAAAUUAAAUAACGACAGCUUAGCAGCGACCGAAUUGGAUAUUUUAAUGCCGCCCAUCGAAUUAACUGAAUCUUAUUUGGAUCUCACCGGUAUCGCUAAAUCGAACUUGAAUGCCAAUGAGCAGGUUAAGAAUUCGGGUAAUGAGGCAUCAAAUUGGUGGCAUACUUACGAUGCUUUGCUGUUGGCUCUUGGUAUGGUCGUCAUGCUGCUAUUAAUGGUUCUAUUCACGCAUUGCAUUUGGCGGCGACAUCUUGAGCGGCGCGCAUGUGACUGGGAAGCCGAAAAUGAGCGACUAUACUGCAGCACUCCAUAUUAUAUGGAUCGCAACCAAAUAUUGGUUUACUAAUUUCACUUUUUAUACUAACCGUCAAUUAUACUCGUACUUAU